UGAUGGCUGGGCUGACAGGUAUGAUGUGACUGACGGAUAUCAGCGAGAAGCUGUCGGUGGAAUCACAAUCAAGCUCCAAUCUCCCGAUGUCAAGUGGUUUGAUGAUUAUUACCUGCAGCUACGGCCAGAAACAAACCUCCGAAACCCUUGGUUUCAAGAGUUUUGGCAGCAUCGCUUUCAGUGCCGGCUGGAAGGGUUUGCACAGGAGAACAGCAAAUACAACAAGACCUGCAACAGUUCUCUGACUCUGAGAACACAUCACGUUCAAGAUUCCAAAAUGGGAUUUGUGAUCAAUGCGAUCUACUCCAUGGCCUAUGGCCUUCACAAUAUGCAGAUGUCCCUCUGCCCAGGCUACGCGGGCCUCUGCGAUGCAAUGAAGCCCAUCGAUGGACAGAAACUUUUGGACUCCCUGAUGAAAACCAAUUUUACUGGGGUUUCCGGAGAUAUGAUCUUAUUCGAUGAGAAUGGAGACUCUCCAGGAAGGUAUGAAAUAAUGAACUUCAAGGAAAUGGGAAAAGAUUAUUUUGAUUAUAUCAAUGUUGGAAGCUGGGACAAUGGAGAAUUAAAAAUGGAUGACGAUGAGGUAUGGUCCAAGAAAAACACCAUCAUCAGAUCCGUGUGCAGUGAACCAUGUGAGAAAGGCCAGAUAAAGGUGAUCCGGAAGGGAGAAGUCAGCUGCUGUUGGACCUGUACACCAUGUAAAGAGAACGAGUAUGUCUCUGACGAGUACACCUGCAAGGCGUGCCAACUGGGGUCCUGGCCCACCGAUGAUCUUACAGGUUGUGAGUUGAUCCCAGUACAGUACCUUCGCUGGGGUGACCCUGAGCCCAUUGCAGCUGUGGUGUUUGCCUGCCUCGGCCUGCUGGCCACCCUGUUCGUCACGGCAGUCUUCAUCAUUUACCGCGACACUCCAGUAGUCAAGUCCUCCAGCAGGGAACUCUGCUACAUUAUCCUGGCUGGCAUCUGCCUGGGCUACCUAUGCACCUUCUGCCUCAUUGCAAAGCCCAAACAGAUCUACUGCUACCUUCAGAGAAUCGGCAUUGGUCUCUCCCCAGCCAUGAGCUACUCAGCCCUGGUAACAAAGACCAACCGUAUUGCCAGGAUCCUGGCCGGCAGCAAGAAGAAGAUCUGUACCAAAAAGCCCCGAUUCAUGAGUGCCUGUGCCCAGCUGGUGAUUGCUUUCAUUCUCAUAUGCAUCCAGCUGGGCAUCAUCGUCGCCCUCUUUAUAAUGGAGCCUCCUGAUAUCAUGCACGACUACCCAAGCAUCCGGGAGGUCUACCUGAUUUGUAAUACCACCAACCUAGGAGUCGUCACUCCUCUCGGAUACAAUGGGUUGCUGAUUUUGAGCUGCACCUUCUACGCUUUCAAGACCAGAAACGUCCCGGCUAACUUCAACGAGGCCAAGUAUAUCGCCUUCACCAUGUACACCACCUGCAUCAUAUGGCUGGCCUUCGUGCCCAUCUACUUUGGUAGCAACUACAAAAUCAUCACCAUGUGCUUCUCAGUCAGCCUCAGUGCCACCGUGGCGCUAGGCUGCAUGUUUGUGCCGAAGGUGUACAUCAUCCUGGCCAAACCGGAGAGAAACGUGCGCAGCGCCUUCACCACGUCCACCGUGGUGCGCAUGCACGUGGGGGAUGGCAAGUCAUCCUCUGCCGCCAGCAGGUCCAGCAGCCUAGUCAAUCUGUGGAAGAGGAGAGGCUCCUCCGGGGAAACCCUAAGGUACAAAGACAGGAGAUUGGCCCAGCACAAGUCGGAAAUAGAGUGUUUCACCCCCAAAGGGAGUAUGGGGAAUGGUGGGAGAGCAACAAUGAGCAGCUCCAAUGGCAAGUCCGUCACGUGGGCCCAGAACGAGAGAAGCGGCCGGGGGCAGCACCUGUGGCAGCGCCUGUCCAUCCACAUCAACAAGAAGGAGAAUCCCAACCAGACAGCGGUCAUCAAGCCCUUCCCCAAGAGCACGGAGAGCCGCGGCCUGCGCACCCCGGCCCCCGGGCCCGAGGCUGCAGCGGGCAAGCCGGACCUGGAGGAGUUGGUGGCCCUCACCCCGCCGUCCCCCUUCAGAGACUCGGUGGACUCGGGGAGCACAACGCCCAACUCGCCAGUGUCCGAAUCGGCCCUGUGUAUUCCAUCGUCUCCCAAAUAUGACACACUGAUCAUCAGAGAUUACACUCAGAGCUCCUCGUCAUUGUGAGAGUCACUGGAAACCACGCUGGGUUCCCCAUGGAGCCAGGCCGCCCCGUGUCCGCACGGUGACCAGUGCAGUCGCCGGGUUUAAGAUCAGCGGUGGAAGAUGUGGAGUAAAAGCCGCCCUGGAGACGUGAGAUUAAAUAGUGCUAUUUAACAUCAACCGACGAAGACACCAACGACAAAUCUUUUGGCAGAUGCUCUUCUAGUGGCCUUAGAACACAUGGGCUUUUAAGAAACACUGCUAUUUUUGAGGGCUGGCAGGAGUCUGCUCAAACCGUUACAUACCAAGUGCUUUGCUCUAGGGAAGCAAUGAGGGUGAAACAGCAUCAUGGAGGGGGGAAAAGCAUAGUCGAUAAGCAACUGUACAGAGUUUCCGUUUGUUUACUUCAGUUCUUUUCCCAGAAGAGUCUUUGAUUCACCAAACAUGAAUGUACAUUUUCUAACAAACUGAAAAUCUGGGACCAAAACGUCAACCUAUCUCGUUCUGUUUUGUUUGUUUGUAUUUCCUGAGGCGUAGUGAGUGUGUCCGAAGCAUAGCACACAACUGGAUAAUGAGUGGUGCGCUGAUGCAUGUAGGGCUUUUAACCAGAGACUUCUUUUCCUCUCCAAUUUGUUUGUGAAAUCCUCUUCCAAAAGCCUGCAUCCGAGAUUCCAUCUAGUUAUUUCAAUUCACCUCCAUCGACCAAGAAAACCAGUGGAAGAUUUCUUGACUAUUUCACCAUGUUGCCAAUCAAUACUGGAGUAGCAAAAAAAUAUUUUCUGGAAUACUGUUUUGUAAUUCCCUUACUGGGGUGCGUUGUGUAGCUGGAAAUGCUCUUUAUAAUAAUCAUUCUUAAGCUCCAGCUUGGCUAUCUCUCUCAUGAACUGGGGCCACUCCUCCUUGUGAAUGCUGUUCCCUUAGCAUUGCCAGCUAAACUAUUAGCAUAUGCAUUUGGGCUUCUUCGUUCCUUUCUUUUGAGAACCUGCUGCGGAAAAAGCUCCUCUGUUCUUUUCAAGUCCCACCACUGGAAGAAUGGUCCAAAGACCCAAUGAAGACAUUGUCACGACUGGAGGCACUGUUGUUGAAAAAAAUUAACACAGUCUUAAUACACUGGAAAUGUUAAACUUUGUCAAGUUGGCUUAGCAGAGAUUUAGCCAUGCCAGUGAGCAGUGAUUUUAACUUUUCUUGGCUGCUGCAAACAGGGCAGCUAUGAACUAUGACAAAUGUAGAUUUUUUUCAAAGCAAUACAGAAUACUAAAACAGAGGAACCUUAAUGAAAAUAAACCACACAGUCUUUCUUAGCCAUUCCAAAAAGAGGCAAAGCAAUUAUGACUAUUUUCCUUUUUAAAGUAAUUAUUAAUAUCAUUUUGUGCAUUUCAUACUGUCACUUUUUGAAUACUGCAGAAAAGAGAUUUAAAGUUAUAAUAGAAAUACACAUGCUCUGAUAGGCUCAUAUAGAUAGCAUUCACAGCUCAAGACCUGCAUCCACUGUCAUCUUUCUUCCUCCCAUUACAGCUAUCCUCAGGUGCCAAAUGUUUUUGAUUUUUAAAUAAGGAUAGUAAUAAAAGGAGGAAAUGUCCUAUAAAUUUCAAGUUCAGUUGACCCAGCCUUAUACUAAAGGUAGCCUUAUGAAAAACUUUUUCGGUGAGGCAGAAGUACAUUUUUGGCAGAAAUAUAGGUAAAACCUUUUUUUCUUUUGCUCAAUAUCCUUAUUUUGUAUGUAUUUUUUUUUGUUUCAUAUCGACUAAAAAAAAGAACUCAGAAAUAGAAAUAUAUCCAUUGGCCAUAUUUUAUCAUUCUCCACUUUUAAAAGCUAUAAUAAAUAUACUGCUGGAUUUCCUUUUCCUGGUACCUGUUUUAGUGUUAAAUUUUAAAUCAAAUCUCCCAAUAUAAAAUAUUAAAAGCUAGCAUUAAUUUACUCAAAUAUAAGUUUAAAACUUCAAACCUCCCAUGACAGAUUUGAAAUAGCAUCAUCAGAGCUCCCUGAUUCCAAAUAUGAUAAUGAGACCCUUGAAAGAGAGUGAACCUAGCUAAAUUUUAAGGUGUCAUUGAAAGUAAAUGUCUGCCUCUACUCAAAAAACAAAUGUAAAUAUAUUGAACUAUUAUUAUCCCUGGAUCCUCAUCUAAAGGGUGGCAUUCACCUGAGGAUUACUGUCUUGAUUUCUUAGACAUUGAAACAUUUCUAAAUAUGCUUUACUGCCUAAGUGUUAAAAUGUCUUUCGUAAAACCCUAUGUUGAGUUCCAUUUUAUUCUCAAGUACAAUAAGUUUCACUGUAUUGACCAACAGAAUACCAUUUUUUAAACUUUCUCCAUGAUCAAAUCUUUUCUAAGUUCUUCGUAACAUAUUUCUUUUAAAAGUACAUUAAUUUAUUAGAAAUUAAAAGCAAAUAAAUUACCAUGUAAUAAUUCCACGUGAAAUUACAAUCAACUCUAAGAAAAAUAAUUUAUCCAGUUAGGGGACAAGAUGUAUUGUUCUCUGUAUUUCUAUGCCCUGUGCCACUUCAUUCUAUACAUUGUAUAUAUUAGUAGUAGUAGUGCAUUCUUGAGAUUUUUUUAUUUUGGAAUGAUGCUAACUCUGUCUCUUUGCCAAUUCUCAUACCAGGUUCCAAGUAAUAAAUCUACAAUACAAAGAGAAAUGAAUAUUCCUUCUAGGGCUAGGAUGUGAACUUCACAAUUAAUUUGGGUACCUAUUUUCAUUGAAUUUCCUUGAAAACAAUCUGUUCCUGGUGUCCAGUGAUAAUUCAGUUGGGACUAAAAGAAAGGGGAAAGUACAGCAAAAUGCUAAAGUUCAGAAAAGUGACCCUACAGGACAGUUUGGUUCCAGGAUGGAAAAAAAAGAAGACCUGGUUUGAUCAAGUGAUGUGGACUAUCUAAGCAGUCUACUCAUUCUGUGAUUUGGGGAGAGAAGUGGGGGCAGCCUGAGAAAAGCACAUCUGGAUUGGGAAGAACCAUCUGUCUAGAUUAGGGGGGAACAGAAAGAAAGGGAGUAUGGAAAGGAGAACCAGAUAAAAUUUGACUGGAAAAAAGCAAACUCCCAAGUGUUGCUAAGCCUUGAUAGUAACAGUCUUUCCCAAGCUACUGCUGUUACCAGCAAGUGAUCAGGAAGACUAGGAGCUGUUCCUGACUGUAAAUGAACUGUACAAUGGCUCUGCUGCAGUUCUGUGACUUCCAAACCAGGAAUUAAAUACUUAUUAAGAAAAAAAAAUAAACAUUUUCUAUGUUAGUCUCCCAGCAAAAAUGUACAUGUUUUGGAGACUUCAAAGGUAUUAUCUGAGUUCACAUUUAGCCACAGCUUAUUAAUAACCCUCAAGCUGUCAGAAUCUCUAUAGUAACCAUUUACAAUUUUAUACUGUGAAAAAAUACAGAUCAGUGAAAAGCAUAAAGAUAAAUUAGAAUUCACUUUAAAGAGGGUCUGAGGCCUGGGAGAUUCUCUACUAUCUGUUGAAGAAUGAGGCAUGUAUAAAAUAGUUGGCUGAAUUUCACUGAUCUUCCCAAUGUGAACAAAUAUACUAUGUAUAUUGUGUGUAUUUCUAGAUUUCAAUGGCAGCUGCUGGUGGUGUUGUAAUUAGAAAUCUAUAUAGAAUAUAGAUGUUUUAGGGAGAUGGUGCCAAUCCUAAAAGAUUUGUGUGGGCUACAAGUGCUUGUACUUACAUUUUUCUGCACUUAUAACUGAUUUGGUUUAAAAAAAAAAUUGUGUGCGUGUAUCUGUUCUUUUUCUGUUGUUGCAACUUGUACUAUUAAAACAAUAGAGAAUGUUAAAUUAUUUUGAUGUGAAUUGCAAAUGAUUUUUUUUCAUAAAAUUUAACAUUUUUAUCAGCAUUGUUUCGCUUUGUACUUGUACAAAUGUGUUUUAUUUUAGCAUUUUAAAAUACACUUGCCUGUUUCUCAGUUGUCUAAAUCA